AUGAUGACAUGUACCCCUGAACCAAUCUGGUGUAAACAAUGGUUUAAAAAUUGCAGGAAUUCAAGCAGUGGGACUCACUGGGGAAAGUUAAUAACCUACACUGUCCAGGUAAAUUUCUAUUUUGCUGUGGGAUUCUGCUAUACCCUCUCAAGGGAUGUGGUACAGCAGUUCGUGUCGUACACACCUCUAGUGCGCUUGGUGUACACGCCAUACAGCAAAGGAAAGGAGGUUAAGUUUUUCCUUUUUUUUUUGCAUCAUGAGGACAUGAUGGUGGGGUAUGUGCUGCAUAAAGUAAUGGGCAAUAAUAUUACCUUUGUAAGUGAACCGCCCUCUCGGUUUCAUGAUCUUUACCGAGGAUACCACAGCCGUAAUGUGACGUGGAGUUCUGUUGUAGUGCACCAUACCAAAGAGAAGGAUUACAAAAUGUUGAUGAAUAUUUUCGGGAACGAUACGGCUCCUCCUGCAAAGGCUUACAAGGUA